AUGGCCUUUUUUGGUCAACCAAGUAACUGGUUAUCCCCGCCUCUAUCCCGGUCACCGCCGCCCCUCCGCAUCAACACCACCUCUGUCCGCGUCAUCGCCGCCUCUGUCCGCGUUAUCGCCGCCUCUGUCCGCGUCAUCACCUCCUUUGUCCAGAUCAUUGUCGCCUUUCUCCAGGUCAUCGCCGCCUCUGUCUGCGUCAUCGCCGCCUCCGUCAGCGUCAUCGUCGCAUCUGUCUGCAUCAUCGCCGCCUCCGUCAGCGUCAUCGGCGCCUCUGUCUGCGUCAUCGCCGCCUCUGUCCUCGACAUUGGCGCAUUUGUCCACGUCAUCCCGCCUCUGUCCACGUCAUCCCCGCCUCUGUCCAGUUCGUCGCCGCCUCUGUCCCCGGUGUCGUCGACACUGCCCACGUCAUCCCUGCCUCUGUUCACGUCAUCCCCACAUAUGUCCUCGGUUUAG